CCUCCACCUCUCCCAGACACCCCCCCCUCACCACCAUCUUUUCCCUUUCUUAAUUUCUUCCACUUCCUUUCCCCAAUGAAAGCAGGCUUUGAAGUUGUUAAUCAUGGAGCUUUGGACACGAUCCAACCCCAUGAGCCAUGGGACUACACCACUGCUGCCUCUCCAACUCCACCCUUCGAGCUCUCUGAGUUGGUGGAGCAAAUCACAAAACAACUUGUCGAUGACCUGCCGGAAACUGCUGCCUCUGCCGAUAUCUUGCCAUCACUCUCAGGCGACCUCAGACCAAGAAAAGCCAUUAGAAGAAACUACUUUGACACCGUUGCCGCCGGCAACGAUCAGCUUCAAUCGAGUAGUAAUAAUGAGCCUCGAGUUAACGUUAAUUCUGACCAUGGAAGGAGCAGUGGGUUGAGCAGGGUAGAUGAGCAUGGCUUAACCCUCAUAACUCUGCUUCUGGAGUGUGCCGUUGCUGUCUCGGUCGACAAUCUUGGAGAGGCGCAUAGAAUGCUGCUUGAGCUAACACAGAUGGGCUCACCUUACGGCCUUUCUUGCGCCGAGCGCGCCGUGGCUUAUUUCGCUAAGGCCAUGUCUAGUAGAGUUAUCAACUCCUGGCUCGGUAUUUGUUCUCCUUUGGUUGCCUACAAAAGCAUUCAUGGCGCUUUCCAAGUGUUCAACAACAUAUCCCCCUUCAUCAAGUUUGCACACUUCACAUCCAACCAAGCCAUCCUUGAGGCUUUCCACCGGCGUGACAGAGUUCACAUUGUUGACCUUGACAUCAUGCAAGGCCUGCAAUGGCCGGCCUUGUUUCACAUCCUCGCCACCCGCAUGGAGGGCCCUCCGCAUGUCAGGAUGACGGGCAUGGGCGUGUCUAUGGAGAUUCUGGUGGAGACGGGAAAGCAACUUGCCAAUUUCGCUAAGCGGCUCGGAAUGUCAUUUGAAUUCCACCCAAUUGCAAGGAAGUUUGCAGAAAUCGAUGCAUUAACUGUGCAAGUCCGGCAUGGAGAAACUCUAGCCGUGCAUUGGCUGCAACAUUCCUUGUACGAUGCCACCGGGCCGGAUUGGAAAACAAUGCGACUGCUAAAAGAGCUGUCACCAACGAUCAUCACACUGGUAGAGCAAGAUAUCUCCCACAGCGGGUCUUUUCUAGACCGUUUUGUCGGGUCACUGCACUACUACUCGACGCUCUUCGAUUCCCUUGGAGCCAAUCAGCCUGUCGACGACCCUAGUCGGCACCGCGUGGAGCAUUGCCUUCUCCACAGGGAAAUCAACAACAUAUUGGCAAUAGGAGGGCCGGCGCGAAGCGGGGAGGACAAGUAUAGGCAUUGGAGGAUUGAGCUUGCGAAGAAUUGCUUUGUUCAGGUGCCGAUGAGUGCGAAUUCUAUGGCUCAAGCACAGCUGAUAUUGAACAUGUUCCCUCCUGCUUAUGGAUAUAGCCUUGUCCAGGGAGAUGGAACUCUCAGGCUUGGAUGGAAGGAUACCAGUUUGUAUACUGCUUCUGCAUGGACUUCUUCUAAUGCUCCUACGUAGCUGCUAAUGAAUAUGUUUUUGUUUGUCUUUGGUUCUUAAUUUUUUUUCUUUUAUUUUGGUACGUAGAACGUAGUCAGACUAAGGAAUUGUCAAGAGUAAAUUUAUGGGUAUGGAAUACAUAGAUGCCUAGCUUUGACAAGGUUAUUAAGGUUCCCUUUUGUAGUUUCUAUAACCAUUUGUCCAAUACAAUAUGUGUUUCCCAAGCCGUUGUUUGAGUAACGCUAAAAACUACGCAUUUAUCUUACUCUAUUGACGUAGCAGUGUCAAUCAACUUUUAUUUUAUUUUUAAUAAGGACUGAUUCAAGGGUUGAUUGGCAUAAUCACAU